UGAUUAGCGCUGGCUGCGGGGGUUUCGGCGGCCGGGAGGGAGUUGUCGGCGCCGCGGCCGCUGCCGCUGCCGCUGCGGACGGGCGCCCGCCUGCCGACUGAGGAGAAGAAGGCUGCUAACAAGAAAACUUGAUCACAGGGAUCUUUUGGUGUGCGACCAGUCUGCAGGAUGUCCAUGGCAGUACCAACAAUGAAGUCCUUAUUUUUACCAGACACUCUUGUAUGAGAAGGUCCACUUUCGACACUUUAAAUAUUUUCCUGCUGCAGCACCAGCAUGGCAGGAUUCAAGCGAGGAUAUGAUGGAAAAAUUGCUGGAUUAUAUGAUCUGGAUAAAACCUUGGGUCGAGGUCAUUUUGCGGUGGUUAAACUUGCCAGGCAUGUCUUCACAGGUGAAAAGGUGGCAGUAAAAGUAAUUGACAAGACAAAACUAGACACUCUGGCCACUGGUCAUCUUUUCCAAGAAGUGAGAUGCAUGAAACUAGUGCAGCACCCUAACAUCGUACGCCUUUAUGAAGUCAUUGACACCCAGACCAAGCUGUACCUUAUUCUAGAACUUGGAGAUGGAGGAGAUAUGUUUGAUUACAUAAUGAAACAUGAAGAGGGUCUUAAUGAAGACUUGGCCAAGAAGUACUUUGCUCAGAUAGUUCAUGCGAUAUCUUAUUGCCAUAAACUCCAUGUGGUGCACAGAGACUUAAAACCAGAGAAUGUGGUCUUCUUUGAAAGACAAGGGCUUGUAAAGUUGACAGACUUUGGUUUCAGCAACAAGUUUCAGCCAGGGAAGAAGCUCACUACAAGCUGUGGAUCUCUUGCGUACUCUGCUCCUGAAAUUCUGCUUGGGGAUGAGUACGACGCACCUGCAGUAGAUAUAUGGAGUCUGGGCGUGAUAUUAUUCAUGCUGGUGUGUGGACAGCCCCCCUUCCAAGAGGCCAAUGACAGUGAAACCUUGACCAUGAUCAUGGACUGCAAAUACACCGUGCCGUCCCACGUGUCAAAGGAGUGUAAAGACCUGAUCACACGGAUGCUGCAGAGAGACCCCAAGAGGAGAGCCUCUCUAGAAGAGAUCGAAAACCACCCUUGGCUCCAGGGAGUGGACCCUUCACCAGCCACGAAGUACAACAUCCCUCUCGUGUCGUACAAGAACCUCUCGGAGGAGGAGCACAACAGUAUCAUUCAGCGCAUGGUGCUUGGGGACAUAGCGGACCGCGAUGCCAUUGUAGAAGCCCUGGAAACCAACAGAUAUAACCACAUCACAGCCACUUACUUCCUGCUUGCCGAAAGGAUCCUGAGAGAAAAGCAAGAGAAAGAAAUACAGACCAGAUCGGCAAGCCCUAGCAACAUCAAGGCCCAGUUUAGGCAGUCAUGGCCAACCAAAAUUGAUGUGCCCCAAGACCUUGAGGAUGACCUCACAGCCACUCCUUUGUCCCACGCUACUGUCCCUCCAUCUCCCGCUCGGGCUGCUGACAAUGUCCUCAAUGGCCACAGGAACAAAGGCCUGUGUGACUCUGCUAAGAAAGAUGACCUCCCUGAGUUGGCUGGACCAGCACUUGCCACAGGGCCACCUGCAAGCCUGAAACCCACGGCGAGUGGGCGGAAAUGUCUGUUCAGGGUUGAGGAGGAUGAAGAGGAAGACGAGGAGGACAAGAAGCCCAUGUCCCUCUCCACACAAGUGGUGCUACGCCGAAAGCCGUCAGUGACCAACCGCCUGACGUCCCGGAAGAGUGCUCCAGUCCUCAACCAGAUCUUUGAGGAAGGCGAGUCUGAUGAUGAGUUUGACAUGGAUGAGAACCUGCCACCCAAGCUGAGUCGGCUCAAGAUGAACAUCGCGUCCCCGGGCACGGUGCACAAGCGCUACCACCGCCGGAAGAGCCAGGGCCGCGGCUCCAGCUGCAGCAGCUCGGAGACCAGUGAUGAUGACUCUGAGAGCAGACGGCGGCUCGACAAGGAUGGUGCCUUCUCCUACCCCUGGCAUCGACGUGACAGCAGUGAGGGGCCCCCGGGCAGCGAGGGAGAUGGUGGUGGCCAGAGCAAGCCCAGUGAGGGCGGUGGUGGCACUGACAAGACCAGUCCGGGAGAGCAAGGCGGUGGUGGGGGACCAGCGGGUGGCACAGGUGGGAACCCCUCUGGUGCGACUGGCUCCUCUCGGCGCUGUGCAGGGCCAGGCUGCUCAUCGUCCUCUUCCUCACCUUCAUCCUCCUCGCAGCCACCACGUGGUGCUGGUGAGCUUGUGCAGAGCCUCAAACUCGUGAGCCUGUGCCUGGGCUCUCAGCUGCAUGGCAGCGCCAAGUACCUCCUGGACCCGCAGAAGGCGCUGGCAUUCUCCAGCGUGAAGGUACAGGAGAAGUCGGCCUGGAAGAUGUGCAUCAGUGCCCCUGGGCCUGGCCCAGCCCCUGCCGUGGGCGCCAUCCAGUUCUUCUCGGACCGCGUAGCAGACCCCAUCUCAGAACUGGACCGGAUUAAGAGUAAGAACCUGAGGAACAACGUGCUCCAGCUACCUCUGUGUGAAAAGACCAUCUCUGUGAACAUCCAGCGGAACCCUAAGGAGGGGCUACUGUGUGCCUCCAGCCAGGCCAGCUGCUGCCACGUCAUCUGACCCCAGCUCAGGCUACGGGCUUCUGCUCAGGGCCGACCACUCCGGCCUUGCCUUUCCGUUCCUCCACAGUGGUGUGCUGAGCAGUUACUUGUUACCGUUUCCUUUGUCCUGACCACGUGACAAUGCAUGGUCCUUGUGCAUGCUGCUAGAUGCUGCUUUUCUUUUCCAGCCGAAGAGUCUACUGUGUCAUUUUUACAUUUAUAGUUUUGAUGUGGAUGAUCAGGAUUAAAUUGUAUAUUUGGAACCUACUGUAAAUGGAGCACUUAGAAAUUUGAUGUUCUGCACUUAACCUAGAGAGAGAGAGAGAAAAAAUGCUUCUGUUUCUUUGUGAAAAAAUCCAAAUUCCUGUCCUGACCUUCUGUGAUAGGGAAACUCCGUGCUCUGAGGCACACUUUUUGGUGCCCGAGACAGAACCAAAGCAAUAACGUGGUGAUGUCCUAAGGCCUGGGAGUGAGAGAGCAACCAUCUGGCCAUCCAGGGCCUGUGCAGAGCAGAGGACCCAGCAUCUGCACUGAGAACCUAAGAACCACGGUUUGAACAUCCCCACACCUAUUUGUCUUAAGCUGUAGUAUGAAACAAAGUUGGGGCUCUUAAAAUUUCAAUGACACCAAUUUUCUUUUCUGUAAUAGGUGAGAUCCGCUACUUAGAUAUGUGAGGCAGCUUCCCCUGUAGUGAAUUACAAGCAGACAAUCUUUCGUAAUGUGAUGAGGUGAAUUCAUGUCUUACCUAGACUUAGAGAGCAUAUAUCUGUCUGACUGAUCAAAAAGAUCUAUGUAAAUGCCUUCUGUGGGGCACAUGGGGUUUCUUCAAAACUGCAUGGAAAAUAGUGGGCCUGAUAAGUCAGAACUCCAAAGUAAAAUGAAACAAAACUCACUUGGGUUUGUUUUCAGGAGUUUAGUAAUUAGAUUGUCUUUGGCUAUUUUCAUUCCUUGGCAACAUUUGGCUCAGCUAAGCUAUGAACAUAGCAGAGGGUCGAAUUUGUACAUGCAGUGCACACGACGGAGCCACUGGGGAGCUCUUCGUCCUGGAAGUGUUUCCACUUUGCCUUCCUGCCAACGAUAAUCAGAGAUUCUCACUUAGGCUCUUCCUGUACAAAGACUACUUCUGACCAGAUAAUCAUCUCUCACAACAUUUUCUCUUGUAGGAUAUGAUGUAUUGUAGAUUGCUAAUUCUGGAAGGAGCCAGAUGCUGUUUUUUACACUGUGCCCAAGGGGUCUUGAAAGAAGUCCUUAGCAACCUUGGUGACAGGUGUGGCUGGGCCCCAGGCCCUUUCCACAACUCUUCAGCCUGUCCUGGCUCUGUGACUGAGGUGCAUGUGGUCACAUGACUCAGAGAGCGGGCAGGGACAUGUCAGGCAUAGCUUCUUCAGCACACAUCAGCUUUUCUACUUUGGGGUUAGUGUACUUUACUCAGAACUACGAACUUCAGUGUGCCUGACUAUACUAAGUAAAAAUGAUGCUUAAAGAUAUGUUCCUUUAUAGACCUAGGCUAGCUAGUUGUUUUAGCUACAGCUCUAGUCAUUGUGACAUUUAGAACUGAAAGCUAUGGGAAUAGAUGUGUGGGUGAAGCCAUAGAACAUAUUUGCUUGAAAUUAUUGAGCAGGGAUCUUAUAAAGGGCCAGAAAUAAGAUGUGUGGUUCACAUAGAUAGUGAGCGGAACAUCUGUAUUAAACGUAGGAGACGUUUAUGAAGGGCAUUGGCAAUAAACUCUGUUGCAGCUGUUUUCCAAGUAAUGUAAAUACCCUUUCCUGUGAUGGUGUAUAGCCUUGGAAUGGCACCUUUUAACUAACCCACAUGUGUUUGGUUUUCACUGGUUUUUAUAUUCAGAUGUAUAUAUGGUGCUCACUUUAGGAUCAGCAGUGUUGACCAUUUAUGCUGCAGAGCUGUAUCAUAGCCUUAUCAGUUGUGUGUGGUUGGUUACCCUCUGGGUAUACAUGUCUGUCUGGGUGGUGUCUACUCAUAUGUUGAUAAGUGAAUGACUGUGCAUGUGUUGUAUGUCAUAAUAUGUUGUCACAUCAAAGGGAGGGAGCGAAAAACCAUUACAUUAAGAUAAUAUUGGACCAAACUACUUACUUGCUCUAACCAGUGACUUGUCCCCUUAACCUGUCUUCAAAAGUUGCAUAUAGUUACAGUAGUGUAUAAAUUAAAUAUUGUGGGAAAAGUUAGUCUUGUAUUUUUCUGUAUGUGUGUAUAUAUAUAAUUAUGUACUUCCAACAAUUCUAUCUGUAUUUAAAGAUGUGACAAUCUUGACACUGAUUUUAAGAAUAGUCGUGAGACUGAAAUGAGUUAAAGAUGUCUCUACCAAGUAGGAACUGAUGUGUGUUAAGAGGGUUCAGAAUUAUCAACUGAUGUAGUCAGUUGCUUUCAGUUCUGGCUGAUUUUCCUCAUUGUGUAAACAUUGACUGACAGGUAUGUGACAGAUGGGAAAAUAAUCCAAAUAAAGUGACAUAUUGGUGUUCAGCAAUA